AUGCAACUUAAAUUUGGAACAUGGAAUGUACGAACACUACUAGAUGAAAAUGAAAACAGACCCGGACGGAGAACUGCCUAUUUAUAUAUAGUGGCACUUUCUGAGACUCGUAUCGCCGGUGAGGGACAACUGUGUGAAGAAGGUGGUGGCUACACAUUCUUCUGGAAGGGACAGGAACCUGGAACACCAAGACAGCUUGGUGUAGGUUUUACUGUAAAAAAUUGCAUGCUUUUCAGUUUAACAGAGUACCCAAGUGGCAUAAAUGAACGCCUAAUGACAUUCAGACUAUAUCUUGAGGGAAAUAAACAUGCCACAGUGAUCAGUGCUUACGCUCCAACCCUUCUUGCAGAGGAUCAAACAAAAGAAUUAUUUUAUGCCGCUUUGGACACAGUUCUCACAGCUAUCCCAAAUGAGGACAAAUUAAUGCUUUUAGGUGACUUUAGUGCCAGAGUAGGACGAGACAGUGACAUCUGGAGAGGUACCAUUGGAAAAGAGGGUGUUGGCAAAAUUAAUGCAAAUGGGACACUCCUACUCUCGAAGUGUGUAGAACAUGAUCUGGUUGUAACUAAUACUCUUUUUAGGCAGAAAAAUAAAGUGAGAUCUCAUGAUCAAAAGGAUGUAUUACUUACAAGAUCAGUGACAGGAUCCGAAGAAUGCUGGACUGACCACCACCUGGUAUACUCUUGUAUUAUGAUGAAGACAUUGACUAAAAAGAGAAACGCGCAUGCACUAAAGCGACUGAAGUUUAACGUUGAUUCACUUAAGAACGACUCGAAUAAGCUUGAACUUCAGCUGUGUCUCGCUAAUAAACUAGAACAGGAAUAUCCACCCAAUAUUGUUGAUCACUGGAGUAAAUUUAAGGAUUCCGUAAAUAGCGCAUGUAAAGAAUCAGUUGGUCUGAAGAAAUACAAACAUCAAGAUUGGUUUGAUCAGAAGGAUGCAGCUAUUCAAGAGCUUAUUCAAAAGGCCAGAAAAUAUCUGUUUGAACACCUGAAUGACGCAAAGUCUGAAACAAAGAAGAAAAUACACCACACGGCAAAAGCUCAGAUACAAAAUGCCACAAGGGAAAUGAAAAAUAAGUGGUUGACAUAG